CGAUUCCGACUGCCUCAAUUCGUCUCCCGCCGCGAAUAUCCUUCGCCGAAGGUUGGUUAUGGAUACGGAUUCGUCUUCUUCCUCUUCUACUACAUUGGAAUCUUUUGAGAAACGGAGCUCCGUGGGAGAAAAUGACGAGCUUGAGGUUUCUAUAAGGAAUUUCGAAACAAUUGAGAAUGAUGUCGAUGUUACUGACUCUGCAGAUAGCUCAAUCGACCCAGUUCAGGAAAAAGGGGAAGACUUUGAAGUUAUUGACUCGUGUAUCGAUACGGAGAAGAAUACGGAUAUGAAUGAUUCGGGUCGGGUUGACCCGUUUACAGCAUUCACCUUGAAUGAUGAGCGAGGUGAGGUUUAUACCGGACCGGAAUCUCCUUCGACGGAUUGGUCUUUGACCAGGCUAGUGAUCAGGUCAAUUGAAUUUCAAGUUAGUUUGAUGAUUAGCUUUAUAAGGUUUCCUCCAUGGUUAAUUAGUAACUGCUUGAGCUUUGUUUUUCAUCCAUAUCGAACAAUGAGGCGUGGUAGACGCUAUUUAGUAUCGUGGAUUGUUGAGUUAUGUGAUUCAGGUUUAAAAUAUGAUAAGCCUGUGUUGGAGCUUGUGCAGAAGUUAGCAUGGGGUUUGUUUUGUGCUGUUUAUGUGGGGAUCAUGUUGUUUACCUUGUUGGUUUCUGCGUUUAUGAUUAGUGGUUUUGUGAUUACUUAUUUGGCUCAUGAACCACUUGUAAUCAAGGAGAGCUUGAAUUUUGAUUACACCAAGAGUAGUCCAGAAGCUUAUGUGCCCAUAAGUUCAUGUGCUGGUAUUGCCUUUGAUUUUAGUGGCAAGGAGAGUAUUGAAACCGGGAAGAUCAGAGGUUUGAAGGACAAGACAGAGAUCACUGUCUCCAUGACAUUGCCUGAGUCUGAGUACAAUAGAAAUCUUGGGAUGUUUCAGGUUCGGGUGGACUUCUUAUCCGCGAGUGGUGAAAUGCUUGCUAGUUCAAGGAGGCCGUGUAUGGUAAGAUUUAGAAGCGAGCCUAUACGUCUUGUCCAGACUUUGCUAAAGAUUGCUCCGCUUGUCACGGGCUAUGUCUCUGAAAUUCAAACCUUGAACUUGAAGCUUAAAGGCUUGGUCGAAAAGGACAUUAUUCCUACUGCUUGCUUGAAGGUAAUGAUUGAACAACGGGCAGAGUUUCGUCCUGGAGCAGGUAUUCCAGAGAUUUACGAUGCAUCUCUGUUGCUUGAAUCCAAACUUCCUUUCUUCAAAAGGAUCAUAUGGAACUGGAGGAAAACUUUGUUUGUCUGGAUCAGCAUGAGUUUGUUCAUAAUGGAAUUGCUUUGCGCCUUAGUUUUCUUCAGACCUCUGAUCAUCCCAAGAACUGGUCAGAGUACACAACAAAGAGAUAGAACACAUUCUCUCAACAACUUAAAUCUUGACAGUCAGGCGGGAAGUAGAUGAAUCAGUGGUUGACUAGUUGUUGUAACGGUACUUACACUUGCUGUAAAUUUAGUUUCUUCUUCAACCAAAAUUGUAAUAUCUUGCCUGCUAAUUGAAGUCGCAUUGUCCGAAUAAACUUUUAAGUUUCUU